UCCUGAAGUUAGUAGAAAAAGGUGGCGCGAUGGACAACAUGGCCGACAGUACGAGUGCUAGCGAGAUUGAAAGCGAUACAGACAGUAUCAAAAUGACACCAUCCUCAGGUAGUAGGAAAGAGGAAUUGUAUAAUAGAAUAAAGUCUCUGGAGCAAGAAAACACCGUGUUAAAAAUCGAAGUAGAAACGUACAAGUUGAAGUGCAAAUCUCUGCAAGUGGAGAACAAAGAGUUGAAGAAAGCUAGCGUAAACAUCCAAGUGCAAGCAGAACAAGAGGAGGAGUUCAUUAGUAAUACAUUACUGAAGAAAAUCCAAGUUCUGAAGAAGGAGAAAGAGAAGUUAGCUGUUAAUUAUGAGCAGGAAGAGGAGUUUCUCACAAAUGAUCUCUCAAGGAAGCUUACUCAGCUUCGCCAAGAGAAAGCUCAACUGGAACAGACCUUAGAGCAAGAGCAAGAAUACCAGGUCAACAAACUCAUGAGGAAGAUUGAUAAAUUAGAGAGUGAAACAGGGUCAAAACAAAGGAAAUUAGAAGAGCUUCGUCGUGAGAAAGUAGAUCUUGAGAAUGCACUUGAACAAGAACAAGAAGCCCUAGUGAAUCGUCUCUGGAAGAGAAUGGAUCGACUAGAAGCAGAAAAAAGAAUAUUGCAAGAAAAAUUGGAUGAGCCAGUAUCAGCACCCCCCUCCCCUCGUGAGAUUAAGAAUGGGGACACGUCCCAGGUCCUUAGUAUUCAUGUCCAGAUGCUACGUCAAGAGGUAGUGAGGCUACGACGACAGCUUACCAUGACCCAGAUGGAAAAAUCAGAACAAAUGGCCCAUUUGAUACAAGAAGAGAAAGGUGUUAAAGAGGAAAACAUUCGCCUCCAACGACGACUUCUCCUGGAACAGGAACGUAGAGAGGCGUUAAGCCGCCACCUGUCAGAGAGUGAGUCUAGUCUGGAGAUGGAUGAUGAACGGCAUUUCAACGAGAUGACAGCUCAUGGUCUCCGUCCAAGAACCAUCUCAAGCCCAAUCCCGUACUCACCCAAUACUAACAGACCCACGUCACCUGCAAUGCAUGCCUUUUCCCCUCCCUCUCCAGCCAGUAGAAGUACCCCAGCGCCAGGGGGCAGUACACCAUCUCCAAUGUCAUUUGGAACUUCACCACCUAUCACAAGCCACCUGAGACAUAGAGCAGCAAGCACUACCCCAGAGAGGUUUGUGAAGCCCCAGGCACCACCGCAAUCUUAAAAGUACACGUCUGUCGUCAUUUAAACCUACUAACAGUUACCAUGGUGACAAGAUUUGAUGUUAAAUUUCAAGGUGUUGUCAACAUGCUUUGGAAGAUGUUUGUACACGCCUACAGCAGAAGGUUUUGAUAUAAGAUUGCCUGGCUAUCGAUUCUGCUGACGUAAAUUAAUGAAUAUUCACCGUCUGCAAAUUUGUAACUCAAGAUUGCAGCAGACUAUAAUUAACAUUUGUUAACUCCAUGCAUAAUUAUAGAAUGAAAGAUUCCCAGAAUUAUUACUAAUUGUGCUGUUUCAUUAACGAUAACUACAUAACAUCAAGACAUUUUCACAUUCACUGUUGAAAGUUAAUUAGUAAUUAAUUAAUUAUCCACUUGAUAUGGUUGUCAUUAAAAGAAAUGUCAUACAGGAUUACUGUCUAUGAGCAGUGGCUAUAAAGUGUUUUUUGUUUUUUUUAUGAAUGCAAAAUUUUGGCAAUGACUCAGCUGGUUUAAAGAGGCUUACCUUAUAGUACAUGAAUGGUAUUCAUGUCUGUCUGUAUAUUGGACUAUCAUUAAUGUCAUCCGCCUCAAAUUAUGGCUUUUUUUUUAAGGAUAAACCCAUACUUUAGUAUAUCUGGAGAGAUAGACAUUCUCAUCACCUGCUAUCUAACUACUGGUGCUAUACUAACAAAUAUAUAUUAGUUAGUUGUGCAAGUAUCAAUUAAUUGAUAUCAUGUUUUAUGUGCUUCAACCUCUACCUGUUGGUGCCAAGACUUUGAAUUGAUUAACAGACUUGCUUUAAAUGAUGUCAUAAAUAUGUCUUUAAAAAAUGAUGAAAUCAUUUUUCGUUAGAAGAGUCCUUUUUAUUGUUUUUCAUGUGAAUUCUUUAUGUAUGUUCUAAUGACGCCAAUGGCAAGAAACUAUCCUUUAAGAAAUUGAUGUCAAAGCUUGAAUAUUGAUUGUAAAUUUCAGUUUAGUUAUUCAGCUUCAAAAAAUGUUGUGUUGAAGGUUGUGAAUAGUCCUCUUCUAGAUGGUAAACUACUAGUACAAGCAUUAGUGAAUUAUAAAGUCUACCCAGUGCUAAUAAUCAUAGAAAACCACUCAUGCUACUUCCAACCCAUAGGAUUUCCAUUGCCUAUGUGUCCCCCUGUUUUCAGGUCUCUACAUUUUGUUAUCUGGUAAGAGAAAUGUAAUUUCAAAAAUGGAGAAUGAAAAACAAUGAGGUACAGUAUUCAUGUUGCCACACAAGAAAAGAUUUGAAAAUGUUGAUAUAAUUCAUUUUAAAGUUUUUAAAAGCCUUGGGAUCCAUUUUAUGGAACUACAAUUAAAAUAAUCGCCUUUAUAAGCUUCUUUUUUUAGAAUGAAGGAUUAGAAGUGACAUUUUUUUAAUACCUUUGUUGUAUUCUGCUCCAAAGCUAUGUAUUUGAAAAAGGAAAGUUUGGUACUAAAAGUACAGUACUGAGUUUUACAUUAUACAGUACAUUGAUUUUAAUGCUCUACUUACUUUACAUCUUGUUGGACAACAUGAUUGAAAUCUACAGUCCCCCAAUAUGAUGUCAUAGUUGACCAAUUGUAGGAUGGAAAGAGCUGGAUGUUCAUUUUCAGCAGGCAAAAACUGAUUACUAUAUCAAUUCAUGCAAAUGUAUUAGUCCUUGAAUAUUUACUUUUGGUGUAUGGAAGGCAAAUGCCAACAAAAUUGUUUUUGUAACUACUGAACAUUUUUACAGUGUUUGCCUUCCAUAGUGUUGCACGUAGCAGUUUAGAAAAUAGUGUGGAUAAUAAGGACUUGAAAGUUGGUCUAAAUGUAUAAAUAACAGAAAUAUAAAGAGAUGUAUACUGCAGAAAAUGUGGUACUAUAAAAGAGACAUGUAUAGAUUAUUUGUUUUGUUUUGUUGUAAAUUUAUAUUUUUUUAUUUAUCAUCAUUAAGGUUUGAAUACUGUUUUGUGUUUCAAAAUAGCAUAUGAAUGAUUGAAUACCAAACAUAAUGAAUAAAAGUUAUAAUAAUUAUUUACAGUCAAUACUGUAUAGUAUUUGAUACCAGAAGAUAAAAAUUCAAUUAAUAUUGGUAAUUACAGUAGUGCAUUAUUGAUUGUACAUGUGUUGUUCUACACGUAGUUUUAUGUCUUUAUAGUUUGUAUUCUUCUGUUUUACCAAUUUCUUUCCCUAUUUUUAUCAGCUGAUGUUUCAUUUUACCAUGCUUGGCUAUAACAUUAAACAUUCAUGUUUAAACCUCCGAUAUUUUAGUUGUAUUUUAUUAAAUUCUCUUUUCACAAACCUAAUACUUUUUCAACUGUUCUCUCAAUGAUACAGGCUAAUAUUUACAUUUUGAUAUUAUUAUGGUACAAUAUAAAAUAAAUACAGGAAUUUAUAAAGUGACUCAUCUGCAAAAUAAUAAUGGUAUAAUAAUGGUAUGAUGACAAAAACAUCAAAUAGA